AUGUCACAAAACGAUUCUAAAUCAAUUGAAGCUUCUUACAAUACCGGGAUCGAGAAUGGACCUACCGUAUCAACCCUUCUAAACUGCCAUCAGGUAAUUUCGUUUGCGGGGAGACCGAAGGCGAGGGUCAUUACAGCAACGACGAUGAUGGUCGGUCCUAAAGGCUCAUCGGUGUCUCUGCAUUUCCCGACGACCCCUUAUCCUUCACCGACUCUGUUACCCAAUUGGUCGCAUGUCCUUCGAUGGAAAGACGCAAGUACUCAGAUAGCGAUUUACGGAUGUGAACUUGAUUUGUCUUCCCAGAGAUCGAUAGCAUCGGUUCAUUCCAAUCCUACUUCACUUGGGUUAAAUUCAUAUUUGGAAUUCCCAACCAAAGUUGCAAUUGAAGGUCAUGCUAAUUGCGGUUCUCUUAAAAUGGCGAUGAAGACUAAAUUUUCAAUAAUUCAGGUAUGGUGA